CAAUUUGCAAGGAAACACGUACUUGGAGCCCUCAAAUUUAAAAAUUUGGACAGUGGACUAGGCUCCAAGCACACAAACAGAUCUAAUGCAGUCAAAAGAGAAACAUCCCCCCCCCCACUUAAGAUCGACAUUGCCCUCAAUGGAGAAGAGGGAAAGAUAAGGGGAACGAUGUUACCGGUGUGCACGGACUACAUGAGACUGGAAGUGGGCCAGUCUGAGCGAAGAGGACUGGAGAGGGGACCAGUCAGGGACAAAUCAGAGCUAAAGGGAACAGAAGAACUCAACACAAUAUGUUAGGUCCAAUGGUCAGCCCAAUAAUACAUCAUCCAAAACAAAAGAAAACAAACCAAAACUAAACCAGUUUACAAUCCGACUAAAAAAAAAAGAAAUAAAUGAAAACCGUGGUGGGGUUGCCUCCCCACAAGCGCUUCUUUACCGUCUUUUAGCUGGACGCCAUGGUGGAUACUCAGUGGGGUGCAGGAGCAGGUGCCUCCAAGAGCAGAUCCACAUCGCUCUUGAGGUACAUCUUCAGAUGUGACCAUGCACCCGACGGGUGCGACCACCAGCAUUGGUCAGCUCGACCUGGCCAUCCGGCAAGAUGCAGGCGAGUGAGUACUCGGAUGGCCAGGGUGGUUGUGGUGCAGAAGGUGGAACCAUCUCAUAGUGGUCUCCACCUUUCUUCCGUGCAGGCUUAGCCACCUGCGGCUUCGACCGCCACUCCUCCUUGAGAUUUUUAUUGGGAAGUGAGGUUGUCGGGAGUGGCGGCGAAGGCGUGAGAGGGGGUCCUGCAAAACGAGAUGCACAGGGGGGGGGGUACACGACAGGCUCGUGUACCUGGUGAGAAAUAGCAUGCAUAGGUGUGACAGCAAGCAUAUCACCGUAGAAAAUGGCCAAGUGUAACCACUUCCUAGAGCGUAGUAUAGCGGGUUUGGGUUUUAUUGUCAACCCGGGUCCUAGAUGUGAUGACUACUCAGUGAAUUCUUAUUAUCUAGCAGUGAAACUUUAGUGCAGGUUCAAUUAAGCAAACAAGCAAAGCAAUUAAACGGUUGUUUUCAAGUCGAGAGAGGUCACCCGGAUAUGGUUCCCCCUAGACUACAGUCAAGCCGGAUUGCAAUUUACCAAGUUCAGUUUUAAUGAUAGUUAUACAGCGGGAGGUUCUUAAGCAGUCUGAAGUCUCGACUAAAGGUCUCCAAACCCUCUCAAUCUGAGUCCCCAGCGGGCGACUAACCUCCACCGGAGUAAACAGAUUGAGGCCCU